CCGGCUGCUGCUAAGGCACCUCGAGUUCCAGCUCUCAUUGAUGCGUUGAUGCGGACUGUCACUCUCCCUUUCGGCUCACUGUAGUUUUGGGCUUGGCAGAGCCGCAACAUCGCCGCUCUAACACAUCUGUUUUUCCCCCCAACAACGAGACCCCGUUAGAGCAUCACCGUGUACUGGCUAGCAUGACGGAGGCGGAGGAGCAGAAGCAGCACAAGCAGCCCGCUAAUGGCAACGCUCUACCGGAGGCCCCCCGAGAAGAUGCGUUUGAUCACACGUACAAAGAGAAAGCGGGCCCCAAACCGGCCAAGAGCAUCGUGUGGAAGAACGUCAUAUUGAUGUCCUUCCUGCAUAUAGGUGCCGUGUACGGCAUCUACCUCGUCCCCUCAGCAUCUCCUCUGACCUGGCUGUGGUCCAUUUUCUGUUUUUUGAUAAGUGCUUUAGGAAUCACCGCAGGUGCUCACCGCCUGUGGAGUCACAGAUCCUACAAGGCCUCGUUACCUCUACGGAUCUUCCUGGGUGUCGCCAACUCCAUGGCAUUUCAGAAUGACAUCUUUGAGUGGGCCAGAGACCACAGGGUGCACCACAAAUACUCAGAGACAGACGCGGACCCUCACAACGCCGUGCGCGGCUUCUUCUUCUCUCACAUCGGCUGGCUGCUGGUGCGCAAACACCCUGAUGUCAUCGAGAAGGGUCGCAAGCUGGAGCUGUCCGACCUGCGCUCCGACAAAGUUGUAAUGUUUCAGAGGAAGUACUACAAACUGACCGUGCUGCUCAUGUGCUUCUUCGUCCCAAUGUCCGUGCCUUGGUACUUCUGGGGCGAGUCUCUGUGGGUGGCUUACUUCAUCCCGGCGUUGCUGCGCUACACACUGGUGCUCAACGCCACCUGGCUGGUCAACAGCGCCGCCCACAUGUGGGGGAAUCGGCCCUAUGACCAGAACAUCAACCCACGGGAGAACAAGUUUGUCACCUUCAGUGCGAUAGGCGAAGGCUACCACAACUACCACCACACGUUCCCCUUUGACUACGCCACCAGCGAAUUUGGCUGCAAGCUCAACCUGACCACCUGCUUCAUUGACUUCAUGUGCUACCUUGGUCUGGCCACGGACCGCAAGAGAGUGUCCCGUGAGCUCAUCAUGGCCCGAGCCAAGCGCACCGGCGACGGCAGCCACCAGAGCGGCUAGGACGGCCGACGCCACUCGCCGGCUAAACAGACGGAAUCCGAAAGCUACGCCUCACGGUCUUACGACAGCUCUACAUUUCUCAUCCUGGGAGGAUCCGAGCGGGGGCCUCGACCACAUUUUGCUUGUUUUCGUGGGUUUUUUUUGUAGCUGUAACUUGUCCGAGAAAUAACCACCUUUUGCUAAGCUCUUGGGCUUCAGACGCCGAAGGUUUCGCAAAGAUGUUUUCUAGAUUUGAAGUAGAUUUGAUUUUUGAAAAGUCAACUUCAUUCUCAGCUGUUUGGCCACCUUGGUGUGAAUUUUUCCAUGCGAGUUGUAGCCAAAGUUUUUUUAUUUUGAUUUUAUUUUUUUUUCUGUACAAGUCGACAAUUACUCGGAAGACGUGGAACACUUGAAGAUUGGAGGGACUGGUGCCUGAAUUUGCAGUUUACAGAGAGAGACUUCUGAUAUAAAUUAACAAAUCAAUGUUUUUGUUUUUGGAGACUAAUGAGACGAUGCACGUGAUGACAUGUGAGGGAAGCCAGACCUUCUUCUGCCCUGUGCAACCUUUGCUGACACCAAAUAUGUACAAACAUCUAAAGGUGGACGUACAAUGAAGGCGCUUUCACAGGUUAGAAGGUACUUCAACCUGAAUAGUGAAACUGUAACUGAACUCAGAAAUGGCGUUUCUGAACAAAUGUGCUUAUUUGUGAUUUGUUGUUGAGCUACUGAAUCAUGAGUCAAAAAGAAAAUUAAUCGUAUGAGUUCCUGUACUGCUGACUCAAUGAAUAAUUUGAUAGUCGGAUUAAAAGAUUUUCAAACUCUCCCACCUAAAUUUGUUCUGCAGGAGAUCCAGAGCACGGCCACAAUUCCAGAACUCUCCAGCUUGGUUUGAUGGAAUUAAGCAUUUCCUGCAUGUAUCUGGAAACACAGUUGUUUCUGUGGUAUUUUGACUUUGUUAAUGUAAACGUGUUUAUGUAGCAUAACUGAGAACAUGCAUAUUGUUUGUGAUGUGGCCAUAGGAAAUGAACAAGCUCAUUGUUGCCCCCAAAUUUACGAACAAAAAAGGAGGAUUAUGUGAUGUGCGUGUCGACACCAGCUCACCAAAUUUCUGAUAGACCAAUGCCAAUGAGUUAGUUGGAAAGGAAGUGAUAACUAGUUUGACUCCAGGAACCUUGUGAAAGCGCUGUUAUAAUUAACUGCCAAAUUUGUAUUGCUUAUCCCAAAAAAAAACAAAACAGAAAUGGUCAUGUGACAGUUCCAGUGUGAGUAAGCGGCAUCCAAGUAUGAUUUCUGUUGUAGGUGUGAAGUGGACUGCAUCUAUUUUUGUGAGCUGACUGAGCUUUGCUGUGGUGAUGCAAGGUCCUGCUUCCCUCCACGUCUGGUGCACAUCAGUGUGUUUUUGUUUUCAUUUUGGUGUGUGGAAUGCUUAAAUUAUUUAUGUAUUUAUCUAUUAUUGUGGAACUCAAAAGACAGAGGAGCUCUAACCAGAACCAGUUUUCUACAAUCUUGGCGAAUCAUUUUAUCCCGAAGACAAAAAGUCAGGACACUACCUACCUAAUGCCUUAUGACUUGAAUCCAUUCCGGAUCCUCACUUUAUGUCAGUUCAGACACAAAAAAAGGUUUGAUUCUCACAUAACAAAUCUGGUGGAAAAAUUCAUGUUUAGGAAUCCGAAAACACCCGAGUAUUUAUGCAUUUGCAGGUAGCAUGACGGCUCAGAAUAUGAGCCCUUAACAGGUGCCAACUUUCAAACAACGGUGCUGUCAUGAGGAAUGUCAAAAGAAAAAAAAAAAGCCAAAAUUCACCGUGUCCCCAACUGGACCAGGAGCAGAAUGUCAUCGGUCUGAUUAUGUCAAUUGUUAACAGCUCAAAUAAUCUCUAAUAAAAGUCACACUAUUUUCAA